AUGGAAAGCGAAGACAAUUUCAGCGACACGGUUAUCAAAACCCGCUCCGCUCUCACGGACAUGACUAAUCGUCCGUUGAAGAGGCAGCUAUCGUCGAUUUCCGGCGAUGUCGGAGUAGAGAAUUUACUCAAAAAGAAAUGUCUCAGAGAAGAUAAGGGGAAAAACCUUUGUGUCGAGUUACCCCUUUCCGGUAAUAAUUCGUCUCAAGAACCGAGCUUACCGAGUGGCGGAACUGAUGAUUCCAAUGAUAGUUUUGUUGGAUUUAGUCAGAAAAGUCAAGGAGGAUCGCAGAAUUACGAUUUUAUAGAUCGUGCUUUUGAACGUGAUGAUGAUAGGGAGAAUUGUGUUGUGGACAAUUUGGGAUUGCCCAAAUGUGCAGGUGUUGCGGUGGUACCGUCGAUUGUGUCUGGUUCUAAUUUUCCAGGAUUGGAACGGUGUGCGGGACUUAAAGAUCACGGUGGUGCAAAUUUAGAUGCACACGUUGGUGGUGAUGUUAGUGUUGAGCUUCUGAAAAAUUGUACUUGUUCCUUUUGCUCCAAAGCUGCUUAUAUCUGGUCGGAUCUUCAUUACCAGGAUGUCAAGGGAAGACUAACUGCUCUAAGGAAGAGUCAGAAGGAAGCAAGAUUGGUGGUUCAAAAAGUUUCUGGAAUAAAUGACACUCGUACUAUCAUAAAUGAGCAACAAGGCGCCACUGAUCCAUCCGAUUUAGAAUCAACCCUUAUGCAUCAGUGGAAAUCUCUGUUUGUUUAUAUGGAAAGCAUACUGGGUCAUGAAAGUAGGCAACUUGAAUCAAGCUUUGAAAAACUAAAAGACUUGAGAGAGAACUGCAAGAAUGAUCUUGAGUCAACUACCAACAGCAGUUCGGGCAAUCAUUAG